UACUCUCUCUCGCCCUCCUGCUUUCAGUCCAGUCAUGAGUUUCCAGUAAGAAGAGGCGUGUGAUGUGAAAUGAACAUCGUUGUACUUUUCUACAUCAUCUUGAAGGAUUAAUUUUACCAUAACCGUCCGAUUUAAACUCUAUUGAUGGAUUUCCACUCUAAACUUUUUAUCAAGUUCGGUCUAUUAUUUAUAAGAACUGGAUAAGAAAACCUGCGCACGUUACUACUCUUAUGGGAACGGACUUUUAGUGAGGUAAGCAAGUUUCCCCAAACCUUUUCUUUCCAGAAGAUGUAACUUAGACAUUUUAAACUUUCACACAAGGUAUUUUUGGUCUGUAGUGUAUCUAUAAAGUGCUACAUGAAUGUCAAAGAGAAGCUGAACCAGUAGAACCAGCUUGAGUUCCGCACAGCUGGAAAGUCUCCUCUGCUUUCUGGUUCCUCACAGAAAAACACCAGGAACCAGCAGGAAUGGCAGGAAUAAACAGCUCAAACAUGAAAACUCUGGAGGAUUUGACUCUGGACUCUGGCUAUGGAGCAGGGGACUCGUGUAAGUCCUUAAGCCUAUCGUCCUCCAAGUCAAACUCGCAGGCGUUCAUGAACACCCCUCACAAGGGGAACUGGUGGUACUACUCCGGCUCCAUGAACAGCAGGAACAACAGUUGGGAUACAGUCAACACGGUGCUUCCAGAGGAACCAGAGGACAUUUUCUCCAAGUUCCCACGCUUACCGGAGCUGGAGGAGUUCCCGUGGACGGAGGAGGACGUGGGGAGGGUCGUGCGUAAAGGCGCGGGGAAGGGCGCCUCGCUCUCCGCGGAGGCUGUGCGCAGACUGGCCACCCUGAUGCGCAGGGCGCUGAUCCGCAUCUCCAGAGAGGCGCAGCGGCUCAGUGUCAUGCACUGCAGAUGCACCAGGUUCGAGGUCCAGAGCGCGAUCCGUCUGGUGCUCAGCUGGGCGCUGGCGGAUCACUGCGUCUCGGCCACUGUGAAGGCCAUAUCUAUGUACAACAUGAGCGCUGGAGAGCUCUUGCGCAAGGGGAAGUCAGCUCGGUGCGGGCUCGUGUUCUCCGUCGGACGGUUUUUCCGCUGGAUGGUGGACACUCGGAUCGCGGUGCGCAUCCAUGAGUACGCGGCCAUCUGCCUGACCGCGUGUAUGGAGGCUCUUGUGGAGGAGGUGGGCGUGCGCGUGCUGAUGGCGGAGAAGGAAGGCGCGACGCCCGGCUGCGUCCUGACAGCAGAGGCGCUGGAGGGGGUCGUCAAUAAUGAUGCCGAGCUUUGGGGGGUCCUGCAACACUAUGAGCAUCUCAUCUGUGGGAAGAACGCCAAUGCAGGAAAUGACUAAAGUGCUGACCAUGGCCGUUAUGAAUGAAGAGCUUGUUUUUGAAGCAGGUGGCCUCCGUUGAAUGUGAAAGGCCACUUAGACAUCAGAGAGCGAGACCUCUGGGCCCAUAAAGGAGAGAGACCUCGGCAUUUAACACAUUCGGAUCCAUGCACAGGAACAACUGACUCGUGGUAGACCAAACACAUCUUUAUUUCCAGACUAAUGAUCCAUCAGGAAUGCAGUCUAUACGGACACCGCUGCUAUUACUGAGAGUGGAAUGAGCUUCUUCAAGAAAAAGACUUGAUCAAGAAUUUCAGUAUAAAAACACCCAAAUAAAAACCCAUCUGUUGGUCUUUUAUAGCCUGUUAGGUCUAGUUCCCGGUGUGAGGAAACUCUCUGAAAUUGAUUUUCACCUCAGUUCUACUGAAAGAGCAUCUCUUUUUCUUUCUUUCUCUAUCUUUGUCACACUUUUGUCCCAGAAGUGAUGAUCUGAGGCGAACGAGGAGAGGAGAUUCUUUAUGUGUGAGUGUGUCGGGAUGGGCUGUGGGAAAGGCAGGCGGGUGUUCAGACGGGGCGUGGACUCAUGGGAGAUUUCUCGCUUGUACUGCCAGUUUCUAAACUUACAGAAGCUCGACUAGCCGUGCUCUCAUGGUGCAAGAGCGAAAAUGAUGUGUGAAGUCCUAAGAAUACAUGGAAACGGAGUAGAAUGGACGCUUACCUAAUGUCAGUCAUUCAUAGCACAAAAUACUGAAUAAACAUUAGUGUGACACCCGAUCUGUACGGUGCGAUUUGCUAUUUUAAGCUACAUUUGGAGAACUCUCACAUAUAAGAAUUAGUUCAUAGAGAUUGUUGGCAACACAAAAUGAAUGUUUUAUGGUUUAUCUGAUUUUAUU